GCUCUCGGUCAGAGGGGAGGAGGAAGGCGGAUCUCUAAGUCCAGACUCCAGGACUUCCUCAGCAGAGCGGAGCCUACAGCGCAAUCAUGGAUGAUUCCGUUCCACGUCCCGUUCGCUCUUCGUUUGCAUGGCUGGUGGGAGCGUCACAGGUGCUGGGUCUGGCAUCGGUGGUGCUGACCGGAGUGUGGAUGGGUCACUACCGCGGGGGCUUCGCUUGGGAUGGCUCAGUGCGGGAGUUCAACAUACACCCUCUGUGCAUGGUGCUGGGGCUGGUCUUCCUGCACGGCGACGCCAUCCUGGUCUACAGAGUUUUUCGUAACGAGGAGAAGAGGAAUGUAAAACUGCUUCACGGUAUCAUUCACCUGCUUGCCCUUAUCAUCAGCAUCAUAGGUUUUGUAGCUGUGUUUGACUUCCACAGAGCAGCAAAGAUUCCAGACAUGUACUCUCUACACAGCUGGUGCGGCAUGGCUACCUUAGUCCUGUUCUGCGUACAGUGGGUGAUGGGUUUGCUGUUCUUCCUGUUUCCGGUUGCGUCGUCAUGGUUACGAGCCACGUACCUCCCCGUCCACGUGUUCUGUGGUCUGGUUCUGCUGGUCAUGGCCAUAGGCAGCUGUCUGCUCGGCAUCACGGAGAAACUCCUGUUCAGCAUCAUGCCAACCUACUCCCUGUUUGCCUCAGAAGGAGUGCUGGCCAACAUUUUGGGGAUCCUGCUGGUGUGCUUUGGGGUGACACUGGGCUUCUUGAUCACCAGGGAAGAGUACAGACGCCCACCCAACCCAGAGGAAGAGUCUCUGUCUGUCCACUUCAAGACCCUGACUGAGGGCGGGUCACCCACCAUGCCCUGAGCCUUACUCUGACAGCCUGACAUGCCUCCAAACAGUGUCCUGCCUACAGACCAGCUGUGCUACCAGUCUGUUAAUACCUGGUUACAAAGUUCACACACAAACUGCUGUGAACGUGGUCAGAAAAGAUCAUGUUUAGUACUGGUUUGGUUCAAUGAAGUCAAUAAAAAUCAUGGAUAGGAAGCUUUUAUGAUUCUCUCUUUGUCCUGUUAGUUUACCAGCCUGACUCACAGAUUACUGAACAGAUCAGCCUUACAGGCAAAAUUACUUAUUUAUUUGGAUAUGAAUACAAAAAGGUAGUAAGUAGCAUAUGCAUCUCCAUAGCUACAGCAGCUACGUGCAUGGUGUUUGAUUCUUUAAUACAUACAUAUAAAUGCAGCUUAAGCUUUUCUCAGCCAGCUCAGACACUGUGGCGUCCCACUACAGUCCUGCUCUGUCCUAAAACUGAGGCCCAAACCCAACUCAUGUUUGUAUCUUUAACUCUUGACUUGACUGAACCUGACCAGUGCUGCCAACCGUGUGAACCAAACUUUACCUGGAGCUUUAUUGUCACGUGUUACCGUUACCGUUACCGUUCCACCAGGUUAAUGCAGCCAGUGGCUGCACUCUGUCCCUGGCUCCCUCCCAACUGGACACUAGGAGAGAAUGAGGGACAUUUCAAUGAAUUGCAUUUGAAAACAACCAAACCCUAACCUGGGUCAGAGAGUCCCACCCAACCCAGAACCUGAUAUCAGGGCUGAUCCAGACAUUUUCUUUAAUGGAUCUGUAGUAAAAAAAAAAAAUCUAGUUGAUUGCAUCAGUUUAACUUUCAUUCAUAUCAGAUCAAUAAUUUAAGCUUAGAAAAUUAACAGUUUAAAACGAUGACAUUUAGUAUUUGAAUCAAGUAGCACUUGAAAAAUAAGAUGUUACAAAAUGUAGUACUUUACAUGUGUUAUUUCCAUGUGGUAGAUAUAUUUUAAUCAACACUUCAUAUCUUCUGCUGCUAUGUAUAUUAUUAUUUUUACUAUGUGUAUCAUUUCUUUCACAUUUCUUUCCGUUGAAUUAAGUUGCAGCUGCUUAACUCUAGAUCAGACUUGGUAUCAGCAGAUGCUCCAUGUUGAAGGACUUAGACUGGGGCUAAAAACACGAUCAGGACCUAGUUGGCUCUGUUACACAGAGCGUUCACAUUAGACCAUCUCCUUGAACCAAGCAUUUUAUUUGGGACUACCUAUGUGCCAUCUUGAUUUUGUACUAUUUUAUAAUUAUUGCUUGAGCAGAAUUACAAAUAAAUAAAUAGACAAAAAAAUGAAUGGAUCUGUAAAGCUGUAAAACCUGGUCCUGUACCAAGUGAUCAUCCAUGGUUUUAUUUACUGAUGGAUGUUGUUGUCAAUACUCCAUAAUGAAAAAAAAAAAGCUGUAAACUUUUAAAAGUCAUAAGAGGUCUCGUACAAGGUUUACCUUUGUGAAAAUGACUUACAUCACACUACUUUUUGAGUCACCAUCAAGUGCACUCGUAUAAAGUCUUUUUACCACGUCCUACACUAUGUAGACCUGUCCCAGAUCCAAGUUAUGAGAAACCAAGUCAGUACAGUUUGUCCCCUAAACAUAAUGAGUUAUCAAAAUAUUUUUGUCCACUAGUAAGCUGUUUGUAUUUAAAUGGACAUGGUUCAGUGCGUAUUCAGUGUGUUAUUAAAUGUUAUUAGAGUUUAGCUAGUUGUUACACUUUGACUUGAUGUUCAAGAUGUUCAAUUCAUGUCUUCAUAUUUUAAAAAUGCAGCUACAGUGUUUUUGCUUUUUGCCUUGACUUCAGGAAUCAGCCCUAGUGCCUCAUGCAAAGCUUUUACAAAAAACUGGCCGAUUUCCAUCAGUAGGUGUCGUUUGUUUUUAUGUACCUCUCGGCGUUGUAAUUUUUCAAUAGGAAAUAUAAAUUUCACUGUGACAACCUGAAAUAAAUAAAAGAAUGUGU